AUGCACGUCGGCCAAAAGCUCCAAGAACAGGCGGCCACCGGCCGACCUGGAAUCUCCUUCGAAUACUUCCCCCCCAAGACCGCACAAGGUGUCCAGAACUUAUACGACCGUAUGGACCGCAUGCAUGAUCUGGGCCCAGCUUUCAUCGAUGUCACCUGGGGCGCCGGCGGUAGCCGAUCCGAACUGACCUGUGAAAUGGUCCGAAUUGCGCAGACAGUCUUUGGCUUAGAAACCUGCAUGCACUUGACCUGUACCGAUAUGCCUCGCGAACGAGUGGACGCCGCCCUCGAAGCUGCCUAUAACGCCGGUUGCACAAACAUCCUUGCCCUACGCGGAGACCCGCCUCGUGAACAGGAAAAGUGGGAGGCUGCAGAGGGAGGCUUUCGAUACGCCAAGGACUUGGUCAAAUACAUUCGGGAGAAAUAUGGAAACCAUUUCGAUAUUGGUGUUGGCGGAUACCCGGAGGGUGCUGAUGACAAUCCCGAUGUUGACCAAUUGAUUGACCACUUGAAGGAAAAGGUGGAUGCCGGAAGUACCUUCAUCGUCACACAGAUGUUUUAUGAUGUGGACAACUUUUUGAACUGGGUGGAGAAGUGUCGCGCAAAGGGGAUCAAUGCGGCUAUUGUCCCUGGCAUCAUGCCCAUUUCGACAUAUGAUGCAUUCAUGCGUCGUUCGAAUUGGACAAAGAUCCGCAUUCCACCAGACUGGCUCGAGAAGCUUGAACCAGUCAAAGCCGAUGACGCCAAAGUUCGAGAAGUUGGUACCAAGUUAGUGGCCGAAAUGUGCCGUAAACUAUUGGCAUCUGGUCAUAUACAUCACCUUCACUUUUACACCAUGAACCUCGCACAAGCCACCCGUCUAAUUCUGGAAGAACUCAGACUCCUACCCUCCGAAGAAGCUCCCCUCCAAAAACCUCUGCCAUGGCGACGAUCUCUUGGUCUCCGCCGACGCAGCGAAGAUGUUCGUCCGAUCUUCUGGCGAAACAGAAACGCCUCCUACAUUGCUCGCACAGCCGAUUGGGACGAAUACCCCAACGGACGUUGGACCGACGCUCGUUCUCCUGCCUUUGGCGAGUUGAACGCUUACGGCGUGAGACUCAAAGGCACAAACGAACAAAACAUCAAGCUUUGGGGUGCACCCAAGUCUAUUAAAGACCUCUCUGACAUCUUCUUGCGCUACUUGAAUGGCAAACUGGAGAGACUGCCAUGGAGCGAUUCUUCCGUCACUCUCGAGACCAGUGAUAUUCAGAACGAACUCCUCGACUUGAAUAAGCGCGGUUUCCUCACAAUCAACUCUCAACCCGCAGUCAACGGCGUCAAAUCUACUGACCCAGUCCACGGCUGGGGUCCUCGCAACGGCUUCGUCUAUCAAAAGGCAUACCUCGAACUCCUCGUUCCACCCGAGCACGUAGAAGAACUUCUCCGGCGAAUCGAGAAGAACCCCGAUCUCACAUACUACUGCAUCAACAAGACCGGCGAACUAAGAGCGCGAAGCGAUGAGGGGCCCAACGCCGUUACAUGGGGUAUCUUUGCCUCCAAGGAGAUCAUUCAGCCUACUAUUGUCGAGAGCGUGAGCUUCAUGGCCUGGAAGGACGAGGCGUAUCAGUUGGGUGAUGAUUGGGCAAAGUGUCAUCCUGCAGAUAGCCCUAGUCGGAAACUUCUGCAGCGGGUUAUGGAUGAGUGGUACAUUCUCAAUAUCGUGAAUAAUGACUUCCACAAAAACGACGAUAUCUUCCGCCUCUUCGACGGCCUCGUCAUCAAGGACUUUGAAACUGAAGUACCUGGCACUGCUCCAGAAGUCGCUGACGGCACCUCCACCAACUAA